AAAAAUAAAAAACUAGUAACCAAAGAACAAGUAAGAUUAAAAAAAUAAUAAUAGCAGUAAGUUAAAAAAUGUAAUAAACGAGAGCCAGAAGGUGGGAAAGAACAAGAAGAGUAAAAACUCGGGAAAGAAUACAAAUAAGAAGAAGUAUUAAAUAACAAAAGUAAAAGACGAAUAUAAAAGUCUUUUACUUGAUACAUAAUGUCUUUCUUCAGUUGGGCUAAGAGCGGACGAGAAAACGCAGAGCACUCGGGACGCAAUUUACAAGAUGGCCUCUUCCAAAUAGCCUCCCAAGCUUGUCACAUACUUGUACAGGUCAACAACACUCACAACAUCAGCUACGGCGGCAGCAACACUGUGACCAAUGUAGCCUACUCGAAGUAUCCAUCAACCUCCCGUAGUCCAUCAAACGCAACUUCUCCAAUGGGCGCAUCAGCUUCCAGCUCAUACCCAUCUACCAGCAGAACUACCAGCAGUAAUCCGCACCAGCACUUGGAAACUUCCAGACAAGCCAAAGACCAAGAUGUCGUUGUCUUACUUCCUCAUCGUAAAAGCCGGACUCCUAGAGUGAAGCACAAACUUUCAACUGUUUCGGAAAAUGCGAGACUUGAAACAACUUCAGUGGAUGAUGAAUUGGAAUCGUGGGAUCAAACUGGUUUCAUGCUGAGAAGUGACAUUGGUGACCACCUUACGCACUCAAAGUGGGGAGCGCAAGGCUGGUGCCGGCCCAGCUGUAUCCCCAUCAGCAUAAUUUUAAUCCUAAUAGUCCUGGUAGUUUUGUUGCCACUGCUCGACCACGCGGAACAUAAACAUUUUAGUAAUUCGAGUAUUUACGGAAAUGAAUCUGAGUACAUGUGCAAGGACAGCUGCCGUAUUUCACUGGUCGAAUCAAUACCCAUUGGGUUGAUUUACGACAAUAAUUCAGUGCUCCACAGGAGCACUUAUUCCACUUGGGUUGAUCUCAUUCAAUCCGCUCAAUAUACUAUUGAAAUUGCAUCGUUAUACUGGACCAUGACAAGACAAGAUGUCUAUCCCGACGAUAGUGCCCGAGAGGGAGAAGAUGUUUUCGAAGCACUUUUGUCUGCUGGAAGAGACAGAAAUAUCGAAAUUAAAAUAGCCCAAAAUGCUCCGUCCCAAUUGAGUCCUAAUUUCGACACCGAGCUCUUGACAAAAAAAGCCCACGCUGAAGUGAGAAGUCUUAAUUUCGCAGCACUAUUUGGCGGCGGGGUUUUGCACACGAAAUUAUGGUUAAUCGACCGGACGCAUGUGUACGUCGGCUCUGCGAAUAUGGACUGGAGAUCAUUGACGCAAGUUAAAGAACUGGGAGUUCUUAUUCAAAAUUGUACAUGUCUAGCUAACGAUUUUGCUAAAAUAUUUGAGGUUUAUUGGCAGUUGGGUAAAGAAGGACGGAUCCCGCCAUCUUGGCCCGAUUCCUUAAAGACAAAAAUAAAUAUAAAUAACCCAAUAAAUUUAACAUUGGAUAACUCAAAUAAAUACAAAGGAUUUAUUGCCAGUUCUCCGGCGCCACUGUCUCCUAUUGGAAGAUCUAAUGACAUAGACGCCAUUUUAUACUGCAUAGAAAAGGCUGAAAAAUUUGUGUACAUAUCCGUUAUGGACUAUGUACCUCUGACAAUUUACACUCCAAAAGUUAAGUACUGGCCGAUAAUAGACAACGCGAUCAGAUCCGCGGCGAUCGAUCGGCGUAUCAGAAUAAAACUGUUGAUAUCCUGGUGGAAACAUUCUAGAAAAUCGGAAGAUAAUUUUCUCAGAUCAUUGAUGGAUCUUACUAACAGCUACAAAAAUGUUAAAAUAGAUAUUAAGAGAUUUAUUGUACCAACGAACACUGAUUUCGACAAAAUUCCUUAUGGAAGAGUUAAUCAUAAUAAGUAUAUGGUAACUGAUGCUGCAGCUUACAUAGGGACUAGUAAUUGGUCUGGUGAUUAUUUUAUAGAUACUGCUGGAAUUGGAUUUAUUCUGGAAGAUGACGGACAGAAAAAUAACGAAAGUAUUAGAAAACAACUUGAAGAUGUAUUUUUACGUGAUUGGAAUUCUCCAUAUGCACAUCCGUUAAAUGCGACGGCGACAUCAAUAACAACCAAUCGAUUUAAUUCAUUCGUUAAACAGAAAAUAAAUUACUUCCUACCAUUUUAUCAUCAUCAUAUACGCGCGUAAUUUUUUCAUUUCAUUUAAUGACAUAUAAAUAUAUAUAUAUAUAAAAUGAUGUAUAUAUUAAAUACGUAUUUAUCAGUUAUUAUUUAUAAUCUAUUAUAAUAUGAAAUUGCCUGACUGUAAAUAUUAAAAACGAGAGAGCUUUAAUUAGUUAAUUAGUACUUAUACGUAAUGUACAUCAAAAUAUUAAACAACGAAAUUAAGUAAUUAUGCGCACGAAUUAAUUGAUGCUUGUAUACAACGAAAUUUAUUUUUUUAUAAAUAUUUUUUUGUUCUGGUUUGUUGAGCCAGUAAAGUCCACCGAAUGAUAGUUUGUUUAUCAAUGGUAAUAAUGAUGUAAUGAUAAACGAUAUUUUGUUAAUUAAAGCAUAAUAUGGAUUAAUGCGUAAAAAAAUAAAUAUGCAAUAUUUUAAACAUA